GGGAGCUGAUCGGAAAACGUAGAAGCCCAACUAUGCUUGUCAGGCGACUCAGGCCACACAUUUGUAAUACCCAAUUGGUUGAUUUGAUGGGUUUUGAUCAUCUGUGCAUGCCUGCAUGUUUACCUUUGAUGGGUAAACUUUUCUUGCAUAUACCCAAAUAAUUAUCAAGAUCUCUCUCUCUCUCACUGUGUGUGUAUCUGAGAAACAGAAUGUCGAAUCUUCCAAGUGAGGAGAAAAGGGAAGGAGAGUUGAGUCUUGAAACUCCUCUGCUUAAUCCAGGCACAAAUGUAAUUAAUGGGGUUGGAGUAGAUAAGUGCAAUAAGAGAUCAGACAUUGUUGGGGAGAUAAAGAAGCAGUUGUGGUUGGCAGGGCCUUUGACAUGUGUUUGUUUCUUGCAGUUCAGUUGGCAGGUGAUCUCCAUCAUGUUUGUGGGUCACCUUGGAGAGCUAGCUCUAGCUAGUGCUUCUCUGGGCACUUCCUUUGCUUCAGUCACUGGUUUCAGUUUAAUGACAGGAAUGGGAAGUGCAUUAGACACCUUAUGUGGUCAGUCCUAUGGAGCAAAACAGUAUCAUAUGCUUGGAAUACAUUUGCAGAGGGGCAUGUUUGUUCUUUUACUUGUAUGCAUUCCUGUAGCUUGUAUUUGGUGUAACACAGCCCACAUACUAAUAAGCCUAGGGCAGGACCCAGAUAUAUCUGAGGGAGCUGGAGUAUAUGCUCAUUACUUGAUUCCUGCAAUUUUUGCUUUUGGACUCCUUCAGUGUCUUAACAAGUUCUUGCAAGCACAGAACAUUGUCUUUCCAAUGAUGAUAAUCUCAGGAAUUACAACUUUACUACACUUUCUAGUGUGUUGGUUGCUAGUUUUCAAAUCUGGGCUUGGUCAUAGAGGUGCUGCUUUGGCAAAUGGCAUCUCUUAUUGGACUUGUGUGUUACUGAUGGCACUUUAUGUCAAGUUCUCUGCUGCUUGCAAGUCAACUUGGACUGGUUUUUCAAGGGAGGCUUUACACAACAUCCUUGAUUUCUUGAGGCUUGGGAUUCCAUCAGGUUUUAUGGUCUGCAUAGAGUUUUGGUCAUUCGAGGCAAUGGUUCUUAUGUCUGGUCUUCUUCUUGAUCCACAACUAGAAACAUCAACACUAUCAAUAAUCCUCAACACAUGUUGUUGGACAUUCAAUAUCUCAUUUGGUCUUAGUAGCACUGCAAGCACAAGGGUUUCCAAUGAAUUGGGUGCUGGAAGGCCGCAAGCUGCACGUUUAGCUGUACAUUCUGUUCUACUCAUAGCAACUGUAGAUGGUACAUUGCUUGGACUUGCCAUGAUUCUUUUACGUGACUGUUGGGGUUACCUCUUUAGCAAUGAAGAAAGGGUAGUAAGGCACGUCGCAGACAUAAUACCAUUGCUGGCAGUAUCCAUUUUCUUGGACGGAUAUCAGUGUGCACUUACAGGCAUUAUAAGAGGAAGUGGGAAGCAGAAGACGGCGGUGUACAUCAAUAUUGGAGCUUAUUACCUUAUUGGGAUUCCUACCGCAAUUAUCUUUGCUUUUAUCUUUCAUACUGGUGCGAGGGGGCUUUGGUUGGGGAUUGUAUGUGCACUCUUUGUGCAAGUACUGUCUUUUCUUAUCCUAACCAUAUGCACCAAUUGGAACAAAGAGGCAGCAAAAGCCAUGGAUAGAGUGCAUGAAUCAGAGGUAUCAGUUGAUAGGACUGCAUGAAGCUGAACUAGUACUUUCCUCAAUAUAAGAAGCCAUCCCAAGCCUUCAACAGAAACCCAUUUGAGAUUUGAUCCAUGUAUGUGACCAAGAAUUCAGAAACCAUAUGAAAGCAAAUCAUGAAUCGUAUAAACUGCAUUAUAACGAGGACUCAAAGCUAAUUCAAAGGUAA